CAACAAUAGAAUGUUCUGAUAAAUUUAAAACUGCCAGAAAACUUGCGCCAUUUCGCUUAUGGUUGUGUCCAGGUUGGAAGAUGUAUUACUUAGUAAUGUUUAACAGUAUUCCGUACUUUUGCAGAAACCGAUAACAUAUUCUUGUAGAGAAAUUAAUAUCAUGAGCUGUCUCUUAAUAUACGUUGCGUACUGCAUUGUUUUCUUUGGAAAUGCCAUUUUUGUUCAAGCGUUCGAGCCUCCAGAUUGUGAGCAUUGGAGUGAGUAUUUCAACAUGGACAAUCCUUCUGAAGAUGGGGAUUAUGAAAACUUCGAAGCAUUGAGAUCUGAGAAAGCAUUUUCGGUGUGUGCUGCUCCAACUGCAAUCGAUGCAAAGGUUAUUGAUGGGGAUGGUACCUUGGUUGAUUACCGGGAGAUGGGACAAGUUGUAACUAUAGAUAAAACCACUGGGUUACAAUGCGUAAAUGCAGAUCAAGAAGAAGGAGAGCAAUGUCACGAUUACAGGGUCAGAUACUGUUGUCCUGCAGUUAUUGGGGUGUGUCAUGAUGAAACCUACUGGUCGCAGUGGUUCGGAAAUGGCGACGUAACAGAUGAAGGAGAUGACGCCACUCUUGGAAAGUUUAUGGCGACUCACAAGUCGGAUCUUUGCAACACGCCAUUUGCAGUUGAAGCAAGAUUGGCUACCGACAAAACAGCAUAUCUGGCCGGGAAAAACGUAGUUGAAAUCAGUCCGCAAAAUGGAUUAAGAUGCCUCAAUGAGGAUCAGCCAACAGAAAACGAAAUGUCUGAUUUUCUAAGGGAAAUUCAGAAGUGGCAAAUUGAUGAAACUGUUUUACGGGAGUUUACCCGAGUCCUGGCUAGUUGGGGCUUUAUCUCAAGUAGCAAGGUCCCGUGCGAGGAUUAUGAAGUCCGAUUUUGCUGUCCACUCACUGCCAACAGACUUCUACAGCUCGCUGGUUUGCACAACACAGAACCAGUAGAGGAAGAAGAAGAAGAAGAAGAAGAAGAAGAAGAAGAAGAAGAAGAAAAAGAAGAAGAAGAAGUUGAAGAAAUCGACGAAGAAAACUUUUUCAAAAUCGCGCAAGAAAAAUUUAGCUUCAACGACGAUGUCGAAAAUGAAAUUGAUGCGUGCUGAACAAACCUACUUUGGACCGACAUUUCUCAUCCGAUAUUCUCCCCUUUUUAUUUCUUUUGUAAAUACACAACUGCAUCAUAAUA